AUGACCGAUACCUUCGGUUUGGGCUUUCGACGAGAUGCUCUUCUUCGUACCGAUGCUUACGACCCUCGGGAUAGUGGUGGACGUAGGCUGAAUUCGCCCACUCCAGGCGUUUUCACUUUUGUUGCGGUUGCGAGUAGCGCUGCUCGGCUCAACAAGUUGUCGGGCGUCGGUGAUUAUCACGUGGCUAAUCCUAAGCCGUUGGCCAAGCUUAAAUGGGUACUACAUUUCACUCGUUUUCGAGGUACGCCUUUUCAAGAGGACUGGGAUGUCAGGAUUUCGGUGCUUCAGCAUGCGCAGCGUCUUAAGACUUCUGGUGUUCCCAAUGAUAUGAUAAUUAUUCGUGAAUCGGGGGCUGCGGAGCUGAGAACGACCUCACGGAUGUUCAAGCCGAAAUCGACUUCUGACAUGGAUGCCGCUACUAGGAAUUACGUCGUGCCUGCAGAGCAUCGCCAGGAGUCGUAUACUGGGCGGUCAGUCGUCAUGGGUUCCCUCACAGAGGAUACAGUGGGUGGUUCUCUGUGUCUAGUAUCGUUUAAGGUGAUACAUUACUUCAUCGCUUCCGUUCGGAGGGAGUCAUUUAGCGCUUCACUGGAAUCCAUCCGUGUGUUAGUUCCGCGUCAGCAGAUGAAGAAGACCAUUCGCGAAUUGUCUGUAAUGCCACCUUGUUCUUCAUCAACUUUUAACGUGUUCGUGCCCUUCUUUGGCAUUCGAACACCAAUGUUAUACUCUCGUCGUUAUCUAUCCCCCUCUAUUUUACAGUGCUUGGAUGAAUUCCGUUUUCAGCUGUACGACCAAGCAUCCACCGCAUUGGACCUUCUGCCCCUCAUGAACAACCUGUGCAGACUAGACAUCACGUGUGAUGCAGACGUCGAGCAGUUCGAACGUAUCAUUGAGCUACCCACGGUUGCAAGUCUUACUCUUCGAGAUGGCGAGUCCUCCAAUGGACUACCAUUGGUGUGGUCCCUCCUCCGUCUUGAUAACUUGCAUACGUUGUCGCUGUCAUACGAAGGCAAUAUACUCGACCCUGCUUGGCCUCGCAUAUCGUUACCGAAUUACGGUAUUACGACGUUCAAAAUUUCCUAUACCGACUCUGUGCAUAAUUUUGAUUUCCAUGAUAACGCGUCAAUUGGACUACUACGCCAUCUUCCUAACGUCGAGUCGCUUCAUCUCACUCUCCCAUUCUUCUGCACUCACCUUUUUGGCGAGCUACGAUCCAAUCCAAAGUUUCUUCCGCGGUUGGUUGAUAUCACGUUCUUAUGCUGGGAUCUUCGGAAGGAUGCGGAUAUCGUGUAUAUAUGCCAUAUGUUGAAGUCCCGACGUCGAGCUCUUGGGUGUGCAACAAUUUCCAAGCUAACCUUACACCGUUCCGAUCCCUUGAAGGUUCAUUCCCCCGUAACACCUGGUUGGGAAUCCUUGUUGAAGCCCGGUCUGAUUGUGUCCUCUCAAAUGUCGUUCAUGGCUUAUGUCUACAAUCAGUGGAGUGCCGAGUUCCCUUUCAUGCGCGGAGGGCUGAAUGGUUUGAUCGAUGCUCUGAGUCGCGAGCGGCAGGCAUUGGAGGGCGAAGGGUUUCAGAUGAUGACUUGCACUAUCGCAAAAACACCCUCUCCCAAUCACCCAAACGUUACCGUACGUGUGUACGAUUCGUACAACAACCACUUGGGUGCCCUCCACUACGAUCCUCUCCACCCCGAAAGCACUUGCUUCUCUCCCGACCGCCGAGAGAAAAGGCUCAAACGCGUACUAGAUCGCGUUGUACGCGGCAUCCGGCCCAGUUACAAGGUUCACUUCGAUCCCAACAUGAACACGUUCUUGGCUGUUAUUGUCAUUCAGUAG